ACGUAUGAAUCAGAUUGUGUGGAGACGGAGGGCGUGGUGCUGUACAAGUCGAUAAUGCUGAGCAACAACGAGCGCACGCCGCAGGUCAUCCGCAACGCCAUGCUCAAGUUGAACCUCGACGGCGACCCCGACGCCUACACGCUUGCACAGGUCCUGCCAGAUAGAGAAAUGGUGCUCCCUGCUAAUGCGAAUGUGUACUACGCAGUAAACACAGCAUAUAAUCUCAAUUUCAUACUGCGUCCACGUAAAUCACAGCAAGCAGAACCUGUAGCUAACGGCAAACCAAAAAACAAACGAAAUUGAAUACAAAAAA